UAUUCGACAUGGCUGACGUGGAGGACUCGGGCGGGAACCCUGUCAAUGAGCCUCUCGAUCUCGUGCGCCUUUCCCUCAAUGAAACGGUAUUCGUGAAGUUACGAGGAGACCGCGAAUUGCAAGGAAGACUACAUGCAUACGAUAGCCAUUGCAACUUGGUUCUUGGCGACGUGACGGAGACGGUAUAUCUGGUAGAUGAGGAAGACGAGGAUAAUGUGCGGACGGUGAAGAAGCAGUCAGAGAUGCUGUUUGUGAGAGGUGACUCCGUGGUGCUCAUUUCGCCGCAGCAGUGAAAAGACGAAGGGGCAGGAGGGGAAAAGCACAAAGAGAGAAAGACAGACUCCCAGCUGCAGGAGCAGAAACGGCUUGCAGGAAGCUGGGAAUGCAGCUCUUCUGCAGGGCAAAGAAGCAUUGAGAGGUCGCGUUGUAUGCCCUCAAACAUUAAGAGACAGGGUCGUGGAAAGAUUGCACUCAGCUGCAUGGACAUGAGCGUCCGAGACAUGGUUGCAUGACUGCGGAAAGAGGAUACGCUGGGAGAACCCUUUUUCAUCACAAGUUCAAACGUACUACUGCCAUACGGGAGGUAUCAAGGAUUCUCAGAUGCUAUGGUAGUCUGAUGCUGUACACCGCUUAGGAUAUCAUGGAUUAUGCUAUUUCCCAGGCGGCCAUGAACCCGCCUCCC